AUGAGCAACCUCGCACCGUCCGUCACGCCAAGGCCGGCGAAGCCCGUCGGUGGAGCGGCGCGUGGUGGUCGGACGUACCUGCUGAAUGCUUCCCCCAUGAAGUUGGUAGGCGCGGAGGCGAAAGCCCAAGCGAUUGUUCGGCCGGCCGAAACCUCGUCACCGAUUCCCCCGACAAUGCGCAAGAAGCCGCUGAUCUUGAGCGGCGACAUCCGGAACCUCGGGAGCAACUUCCAGCUUGCCACCGCUCGAGAGGCACUGUCACUCACGCACUUGGGCGACGUGUUCGCGGCCCACGGGAUCGUCAUCACCCGCGCAGAAGCUCAAGCACUUCGACACGAGUUCGAGGAGAACAACGACCGCGGACUCCGUUACGUCGACUUUGUCGAGGAACUCGCCCGCUCGUUGCGGGGGCCGUCGACGGGCACUCCAGACACGGGCUACCCGAAUGAAAGCAACGGCCUGACAGCUACCGCUGCCAGUCGGGCGCUUGUGAAGAAGCCGCGACUCGCCGAACAUUUGUCCAGACUGAGUAUGCGGCACACGCAACUGGUAGGAGAGAUCCGAACGCUCCUUGGGGCGAAUCUGCGGGUGUCGUGGACGGCUGUGCGAGACGCGUGCCGAGCCGCGGAGACGGGUGCGGGAGGCACCGGGAAACUACCAAAGGCUACGUUCGCGCGCGUACUCACUGGGCUCCAGAUUCCUCCGCUGUCGACAGCAGCUUUGGAGGAGCUCUCCCAAGAUGGCACCAACAUCGACUACCACGAGUUCCUCGCGCAGUUCGGCAGCAGCUUUCAGCACGGGGACACCAACAACGUUAGCAAUUCGCUGGUGUACGAUCGUCCAGCUGGGAAACCUAUCGCGGAGGUGGCUAUUGGCACGGGCGCCAACAACAUCACGGCGACGAACAAGACGCUGCAGUCUCCCGGGGUGACGUUCGCCUUGGGAGGGCGCUCAACCACCCGAAAGAGCGGCUCAAACGCUGAUAAGCUGUCAGAGACCGGAAAGGACCCCAUUCUGCUGGAACAACUUCGCAUCGUCGUGGGUGAGAAGCUCAAGGCCCGGGACAGCGCAAUCCUCCGCUCGUUUGCAGCUCUCGACCCCGCGGACUCGGGUUCCGUUCCCUCUCCGGUCUUCACGCAGGCGUUGCGAGAUCUCCGCUUGGUAGAAUCCGAGGAGGAGGUCGCUACAGUGCUUUACGCAGCUUCAGAUGGGGGCAGUGGCAGCACCGUCGACUAUCGCAAGUUCGUCGCUAGCUUCGGUGAGAUGGCGAAUCCGCGCGGGGCAGCAGCGAUGAAGCGCAGCUUGCAAGAAAACAGCUCGCUCGUCUUCGCCGGGAACAAAGAGGUCAAAGGCGCGUACAAGAAUCGCGUGGCCUUGUCUUCCCCGGGGAAUGAGCUCAAAGAAGCCUUCUCCCGUCUGCCGGACGCGAGUUGGAGAGCGAUCCACGUCGAGCUGGAGCUGAGUGACCCGCGUAAGGGCGGGCUUGUGCCAGCCGCGGAGCUACUGCGUGUACUGAGUAAACACCUUGGCCCGUUGCCAUCUCGCCACUUUGGCUCGCUCUUUCGCGCGUGUGGAUCUCAUACGCACCAGCUCAUGGACUACCGAUCUCUCGUUAAGAGCUACAGACCGCGCGUAGCAGACACGGAGAGCUUCUUCGCUCCUUCACUACAGGGUGAAGGGGCCAAAGGAGCUAUUGCUGUAGGUCGACAGCACAGUCAGCAAGCCACAGCGCCCACCGAGUCGUUAGUGCUAGUGUGGAGCGUACGCGUGGCAAGAGCUCGACUUGGUGCCGUCGAGUGGCGCGCGUUGCAAGAUCGGCUCGCUGCGUGUGACCCGCGUCGACAAGGCCGCGUGUCAACUCCAGCCUUCGCUCUCGCAGUGCGUGAGGCGUUGAAUCUGACGGAGGCCCAGACCGCGUUCCUCUGCUACUUCUACGAAGACCGCAGCGUCGCCACCGACGCGCCUUUGAUCCGGUACGUUUCCUUCUUGAACGACUAUGAGGACCCUGGACUGGAAGCGAACGGCCCGACUGACCCAGAGGACGGCAGUGCGCGGCCGUCUCUGGGAGACACCGAAGUAGACGUAGCCACUGAGCUGGAGCUUCUCCGUCAAUUCUUCCGAGCACAUGUCGGUGAAUUGGAAGGGAUGCUGGUCGCAGAGGAUUCGGACCGACGAGGGUUUGUGAGUCUGCCUGUGUUCAUGCGGAUAUGCACCAAGCUGUACGCUGAAACUGGCAACAAGUGGCGAGAGACUCGAGGCACAGCAAAGUUCUUGGCUCGAUACACUGCGCGAGGCGGACAGUUCUACUACCGCGGGUUCCUGCUCGACAUGGACGGCAAGGCCGGACUUCAAGCUCAAGCCCUGGUGCUUCAAGAAGACGACGAAGAGGACCGAGGCGACGGUGAAGACCGAGACAACUUCAAUAUGAACUCGAUCUCCAGCGGCCAGCCUCUAGAUGUGCACCAAGCGCGCGCAGCUAUACGUCACCUCAUGACGGUCUCACGCUCACAGCAGAGUGCUGUCUACCGACUGCUAGCCAACAUGGACCCCAGCGGGUCGGGGCUGCUAACGUACCCGGAACUACGACGCGGGCUCGAGCGGCUGGGGAUUAACUUGCGAGACGAUGCCACGGCGCACGAGUUGUUGAGUUUCUAUGAGGAGGAGGACGCACGAGGGGAGCGAACGACAGGACAAGUCAAGUAUCUGCAGCUGCUGCAUGCUCUUGGUGGACGGGACCCGGACAAAGUGGGCAAGGAUUCCUCCAUGAGCGAUCUGUCGAGUCACUGCUCCUACUACAGCUCGGUGGGGAUCAGUCCUCGUGCUGUGGGUCGCUCUCAGGCGGGACUCGUUGCUGCACGACAACUUACAAGCCGCGCGGGUCAUGUUCUGGCAGCUCAUGCGGUGAAUCAUGCCGUUGAAAACCCGCGCGCCGCUCUCAACGCUGGCGUGGGGGCUACAGGCGGCGCUGCUGCAGUGGAGCAGAAACUCCAGAAGGCGCUUCAAGCGCAGGGGAAAACCGCCUGGAAGCAGCUCACGCGGAAGCUCCAGGCUCUUGACACAGAACACCGAGGCAGCGUGACGCCUUCCUCUCUAAGGAAAGUGCUGGGUGAACUGGGCGUUGAGCUUGAUCAGGAAGAAAUCGUGCGCCUACAGCUCAAGUACGACGCCGAACAGAACGGCCGCGUCAACUAUCACGCCAUGCUGCGUCAGCUCACGAGUGCACUGAGUGAUCUCGGAUUCAUGAGCGGCAGUGGGGACGUUCCAGAAGAUCUGCGCGCUGGUGUCCAGGCCAAGUGGAAGGAAGUGUACGCGUCGUUGAAGACACUCGACAAGGGCAAUUCCGGUCGCGUGAGUGCCGCCCACUUCCGCCAGCUACUGGACUGGUACGCACUACCCGUGACAGACUCAAGCUUCCUAGCUGUACUUCGUGCGUUCGACGGAGACGACGGACUCGUAGACUACAACCGCUUCAUGCGCGCCUGCUUCCGAGGGUGA